AUGCCUAAACGUGGUGGUGGGCGCAUGAGAAAUUGGAAAGCUGAUAAUGAUCAUUUUGAACAUGAUGACCGUGCCAGUAACCCCAGACGAGUCAGCUUUAAGCCUGGUACAAAUAAAGGCAAGAAUAAGUUUAAUUCCUGGAAAAACACUGCUAAGCUAUUGCUUGAUGAUGAUGUUGAUAUGGGGGCUUCUGGAGGACAAGGGCCUAGAAAGCCCUAUAGAGGUCGAGGAGGACGUCUUGGUUCUCCAGCACCAAGAUCUGGUCAUGGAAUUACGAAGAAAAAGUUUGUGGCGGGGAUGUUACCAUGGUAUCAAAUCAUUAUCCCUUAUGGGGCAAAACAUGAUAAAGAUGUUGUACUGAGAGCCCUUUUAGAUCACAUUUCACCAGAAAUCUUUAUACCGCAUUACUAUAAAAUAAAUGGCAAUGCUGCAGUAUUCUAUGUGGAUGAUGUUAAAAUUGCCGAGAAGUUGUUUCAUGCAGAUAGAAAAAUUAUGAUGUCAGAUGGCUUCAAGUUAGUUGUAAUAGUGAGAAACACAGUUCCAAAUGUGAAUGUAGAUGCUGAUAUGAAAGAAAAAAUGAAGUUAGUAAUGGCAAAAAGAUAUAAUGCUGCUACAAAAGCUUUGGAUUUAACAAAAUUUCAUGCGGAUCCAGAUUUAUCUGAGAUCUUCUGUGCGCUGUUCCGACCAGUAAUCAUGCUUGCAGCCAUUGAUAUCAUUGCCGAAAAUAUACCAGACCUUGAAGCCUUAAAUCUUAAUGACAAUAAACUCCAUGGCCUUGAGCAUCUGAAAAUACUAUCAACCAAAUUAAAAAGUUUGAAGAUUUUGUAUAUGGCAGACAACAGGAUACCGUUUCUUGGAUCUCUGGACCCACUGAAGUCUCUGCCACUGGUAGAAUUAUACCUCAAAGGCAACCCGUUGCUGAACAGGUUUAAUGAUCACGAUAUUUACAUCAGCGACGUGCGGAAGAAGUUCCCCAAGCUCGUGCGACUGGACGGAGUGGAUUUGCCGCCAGCGAUCGGCUUCGACGUAUCUGAAGAUGUCACAUUGCCGCCGCGUCAGCAGUCUUUCCUCAUCGACCCAGCCGGUCAGGACCUCGUGAGGGAAUUUCUCACGCAGUACUUUGCUAUCUUUGAUUCUGAAUCCAGGCAGCCGCUUUUGGAAGCUUAUCAUGAAAGCGCCACCAUGUCUAUGGCCGCAAAUUACCUGACCAAUGAUAAUAGAAACAUGCCAGCUACGAGAUUAAAUCAAUACAUUUCGAAUAGUCGUAAUAUAAUACGAAUCACGGAAAGGGAAUCAAGGAGAAGAUACCUACGCACAGGCAAACUUCAAGUGGUGUCCUUCCUCUCUGAUUUGCCAAAAACCACUCAUGAUCUGAUGGGGUUUGCUGUGGACCUACUUGUUUUUACUCCAACCAUGAUAGUGCUUACGAUGAAUGGCUUAUACAAAGAGACAAAUACAUCAGGCAGUCCAACGCGGUCUUUUCAUCGCACCUUCGUCAUAGUGCCUAAUAGUGGAGGGGGAUUCUGUAUCAUCAACGAUAUGUUAUAUGUCACCAAUACUACAAAGGAACAGGAGGAAAGUGCUUUCAAAUCAGGAAUGCCAGAAGCCAUUCCACCCACACCGGCACCAACUCCUACUCCUGCACCGGCUCCAUCAUUCUCCAAUGAUCAUCAGAUGUUGUUAAACACGCUUGGCCAGCAAACUGGAAUGAACGAGCAUUGGAGCUUAAAUUGCCUACAAGAGACUGGUUGGGAUCUCCAACGGGCAUUGUUCAUAUUUAACCAACUUCAGUCAGAAGGCAAGAUACCUCCUGAAGCAUUCAUCAAGUGA